UGUGUGUGCGUGUGCGAGUGUGUGCGUGUGUGUGUGAGUGUAUAGAAGAGAUGGGGGAGAGGAGUUCGGUGCAGCAGCACAAGCAUCCUCCCUACGAUGGUGGGCUUUGCAACUAUUCCCAGAAAAUCAUCUCCUGCUUCGGACUGGACGUGGCACAUGCGCAGGACACACACCAUUCCAAUGAGAAGCCUCUGAUUCAGUGCUACAAGUGUGGGGAGCCAUGUAAGGGUGAGGUGCUGCGGGUCCAGUCCAAGCACUUCCACCUGAAGUGCUUCACCUGUAAAGUGUGUGGCUGUGACCUGGCUCACGGAGGCUUCUUCAUGAAAAAUGGAGACUACCUGUGUACCCUGGACUACCAGCGAAUGCACGGUACACGCUGCAACGGCUGUAGGGACUUUGUGGAGGGAGAAGUGGUCACUGCCCUAGGCAAGACUUACCACCCUGCCUGCUUUGUCUGCACCAUCUGCAAACGACCAUUUCCUGCUGGAGAUAGGGUCACCUUCAAUGGCAAAGACUGUCUGUGUCAGUACUGUGUCCAGCCCAUGUCCCCAGGACCUGGCAAAGACCUCAUCGACUCCAACUGCUGUACGGGCUGUGGUAGAGACAUUAAGAAUGGUCAGGCUCUCUUAGCACUGGAGAGACAGUGGCACCUGGGCUGCUUUAAGUGUACGGCCUGUAAAAAAGUCCUCACUGGGGAGUACAUCAGCAAGGAUGGCGCACCCUAUUGUGAGAAGGACUACCAGAUCCAUUUUGGGGUCCAGUGCGAGGCAUGCCAGCAGUUUAUCACAGGCAAAGUGCUGGAAGCAGGGGACAAACACUACCAUCCCAGCUGUGCACGAUGCAGCAGGUGCAACCAGAUGUUCACAGAAGGAGAAGAGAUGUACCUGCAAGGAUCAACCGUGUGGCACCCUGGCUGUAAGAACACAACCAGAACAGAGGAGCAACAGAGGGAACAGCCUUCAAGAUCGUCAUCCGAGAGUAUCUGUUCCAGACCUGGUUCAAGCAUACAUGGCUCACCAGGUCAUACCAUAUAUGCAAAAGUGGACAAUGAGAUCCUUGAAUACAGGGACCUAGCCGCCAUUCCCAAAGUCAAAGCCAUUUAUGAUAUAGACCGCCCUGAUCUGAUUACCUACGAGCCUUUGUACACCUUGUCCCUUGACGAGAGGGAGGAGAGGAAGGAGAGUGUGGGAGAGCUCCAUACUGCGAGAAGGGAGCGUUCCCCCAUGCCAGAUGACAAGUCCUCAAGAAACAUGUCACCUACACCAUCCGCUAGCUGCUAUGACAUAAGAGAACGCAUCCUUCAGAGGUCUACCAGUCAGGGCUCCAUCGGCUCACCUGUCUACAAUCGUCAUAGUUACACCCCGUUGUCACGCUCACCACAGCAUUUUCACAGACCAGGCACUGAUCCACAUAGCGGGCGGAGCUCCCCUAUACCCCAAAGGCCAGACAGCCGGCCUGUCACUCCGCCUCUCUCUCUGACCCCUAAACAUUUCCACCUCCCAGAUCAGGGGAUCAACAUUUACAGGAAACCACCCAUCUACAAACAACACGGAGGAAGGAGAUGGUCUAGGGAAGAGGAGGAAGAGGAGUCCCUGAAGAGAAAGCAGCUCCAGGAGGAGCAUAUCAACAAGAUCCAGUCUGGUUUGGGGAAGCUGAUAAUGAAGGAGGAGAAUGAGAAGGAGCAGAUCAGGGAACGCAGCCAAUCAGCUCAGCGCUAUGAUCCCCAGCAGACGAACUGUGCCGGAGAUAAUUCCAAAACCUCAUCGCUGCCUGGUUAUGGACGGAAUGGAUUACACAGGCCUCAGUCCGCAGAUUUCACUCCUUACAACAGCCAUGGCAACAUGUGUGGGGGAGGAAGAGAGUUUCAGCACAUUAGGGAUGGCAGUGCUGCAGUAACAAGAAUGGACAGGGGAGUGUCUAUGCCUAAUAUGUUGGAAACAAAAGUUGUACCAUAUGAAAUGCUCAUGAUAACCAGUAGAGGGCGAGCUAAACUGCCCAGGGAGGUGGACAGAACAAGACUGGAGCGCCACUUAGCCCCAGAAACGUUCUUUGACAUCUUUGGGAUGGAGAUCCAGGAGUUUGACAGGCUUCCACUGUGGAAACGCAACAACAUGAAAAAGAAGGCCAAUCUCUUCUAGCAGUCAGAGCAGAAUGCACUCAUCCCAUCCUUUCAGAUAGCACUCUACUUUAACACUGUAAUAUAGAUGUAAGGUUUGUUUCGAUUUAUGUCAACCUUUUUUUCUGACAUGUUCAAGAAGGCAAUGGACUUCUUUCUUUUUUCACGAUGCCUCCUCUGCAGACUGAAUAGAUGAUAUGAUUACUAAUAGAUACAUUUGAAAGGCUACAAGGAAAGAAAAUAAAACAAUUUCUUCCAUGUUCAAAAAUGAGAAAGAAUUAUGAAUUAAGUCAUGUUCUUUUUGAUUGCUGCGCUUGUUUUCAUUUCUGGCUUUGCUUUGAAUGGAACUGCUUUCCUUGACCUGCUUGUUUCCUCAUAUUUGUUGCUGUUGAUUCCUGUGGAACUUUGUUAGUAGAAUUUCAUGGCACCAUACGAUACAUGCUGUUCACAUGCAAAAAUUGAAUGUCUGUCAGCUUCACAUGUCAAUGGUCAGUUUGCCCUCAUUUGGGCUAUCAAGUCAAAUCAAAUGGCUGUUUUCAUCAUGGGAAAUAUUGGGUCUUGCCAUUUCUUUAUGGCCCUAAUACAUACCAGCUAGCCUAAGCUCCUAACUAUGUUACUCUCACUGGCAUCAGAGUCUGGAAAAGCUGCUAUUCAAAACAAUAUCAUGUGGUUUACGUAUAGAUCUGGGUCAUAUUCUUUAGGGCAUGAAACGGAAAACAUUUUAAACUGCUUUUCAACAAAAAAUGGAAAUGAGCCUUCGUUAUUGGACGAGUCCAAGUAGUCCCUCCCUGUUUCAGUCUGUUUUCUUUGGUUUGAUGCCAAAUGAGUUCGACUCAGUUUCGCCUCUCAGGCUCCCAUUGGAGUAGCAAUUCCUAUUUUACUAACAAACACAUUAAAUGUAAAAAAUAAAAAUGAAAUACUAUUUGAAAUGACUGUUUUAUAAAGGAAACCCACACUGCCAUUUGUUGUACUAAAAUAUAAGCAAAAAAUAAAGCUUUAAAUCACUGUGUAUGUUAAUCCUCGGCUACUCCAAAGGUAUCGCCUGUAUUAGUUUACCUGUUCUCCUCUAUUAAACUAUAAUAAACACUGUGGUUCAUAUAUGUUGUUCAAGGAACUACAGUGUGUAAUGUAAUAUGAGGACUCUCCUGUCAAGUUUUAUGGAACAAAUCAGACAGUGUGUUCCGUUGACUUCCUGGACUUCAGCCAAUAAAGAGGCAGACACCCA